UAACUCCUAAAAGAAUACAGGCCAAACUCUAUCUAAAACGGGAUAAGAUUUCUGACCGCUUUGAAUUUCCUUUUUCCUUAUAUAUUCGUCUCAUUCUCAUGGAUAUUCAAGCUUACCCAUAGUUGCAUAAAGAUUUUCAAUUUCUGGGUUUUAUUUAGGAGCCAUGAAUCGAUUAUCCAGUGACCCAUGGCCAGUUGACGGACCACAUUGGCCUCUCUCAGGGAAUCCAUAUUUUCAUAUGAUUCUUGAAAAAACCCAUGUCAGGCCUUUGUGUUUAUUGGGUAUACCAGUUAAGAUGCAAAAGCAUCUUCCUCUUGCUUCAAUCUCUGUUGUGCUAACUUAUUGCGGCAGGUUAUGGGAGGUUAAGUAUCUUGGCGAUCAAACCUUCAAGAGAUUUGAUACGAAAUGGAGGAAAUAUGUGGAAGAUAAUGAUCUUAAGUUUGGAGAUGCUGUUGUGUUUGAACUUGAUGUGUCAAGAACUACUCCUAGAUUCAGGACUCAGAUUUUGAGAGGUGAUUAUCCGGCCCGGAUUAUGAACAAUCGGAACGGAGAGACGUCGGAAACUUCAAUCGUGAUUGAUGAGGAUUAGAGGCAUCGAACUAUCCUUAGUUAAAUUUGAGUUCAAAAUUGUCAAAUCAUGAAGUAUUUCCAUUAACAAUGUCUUUAGAUUUACUUUUGUUAGUUUCGUUAAGGAGUAUGUUUAUGUGUUUUCUUUAAACCUUAAAAGAAUUCUAUGCCUAGAAAAUUGUU